AUGGAUCUGUUCGAUUUGUGGUCUGUGCCGAUAAGCAGCUUGGUCAACGUCGUACACCAACGUUCUGAUCAGUUCACCAAUCAACUCAAGCAACAGUUUCCGGAAGUUUUUCGAAGCACGCUGGGUAGAUGCACAAAAGCGCAAGUGAAGUUGUACCUCAAGCCUGACGCACGUCCUGCAUAUUGCCCGAAACGACCAGUAGUGUACGCUGCACUCGCCAAGGUGGACGCAGAACUUGAGAGGCUCCAGCAAAACGGUAUAAUUUCUCCGGUUCAAUUCUCGGACUGGGCAGCACCAAUAGUCGUCGUACGCAAGUCGGACAAUGCAUCAGUCCGUGUAUGUGGCGAUUAUUCGACGGGGCUGUACAACGCGCUAGAAUGUGACCAUCAUCCACUGCCUCAUCCUGACGACCUCUUUGCGGAACUAGCUGGAGCACGUUACUUCACUCAUCUCGAUUUGUCUGACGCUUACCUACAGGUCGAGGUCGAGGAGGAAUCGCGAAAGCUACUCACGGUCAACACGCAUCGUGGACUGUUCCAGUAUAACCGACAACCCCCCGGAGUCAAGUCGGCACCCGGCGCUUUCUAG